AUGCAAGAUUUUGAUCCACAGAAAAUUGCCAAACAAAUUGCGGGAAUGUUAGGCUCGGGCCGUGGUGGCUCUUACAGAAGCGGAGGCAGUGCUGGAAAAGGUUUAGGGCUGGCCACAGCCGCUCUUGCAAUGUUUGGCUUGGGUGGUUUUGCUCUAUACAAUUCCAUUUACGUUGUUGAAGGAGGUUUCAAAGCCAUUAAAUUUAAUCGAUUCACAGGUGUUGGUGAUAAAGUGUUCGGAGAAGGAUAUCACUUGCUGAUUCCCGGAAUUGAAAGACCUAUCAUUUAUGACCAAAGAGCAACGCCAAAAGUAAUAUCAUCAAAUACCGGUUCUAAAGAUUUACAAGUUGUAAAUUUGAGUGUUCGUGUGUUAUACAAGCCUGAUGUUACUCGAUUGGAUGAAAUUUAUAGAAAUUUGGGAUUGAAUUAUGCGGAUAGAGUUUUACCUAGUAUUGUGAAUGAAGUGUUGAAAAGUGUGGUUGCUCAAUUUACAGCUGCCGAGUUGCUUACAAAACGUCCUGAUGUGAGCGCUAGAAUCAGAGAUUCACUUGUUGCUCGUGCAAGAGAUUUUAAUGUUGUGAUUGAUGAUGUUGCAAUUACUCACUUGAGAUUUGGAGACGAAUACAGUGCUGCUGUUGAAAGAAAACAGGUUGCACAACAGGAGGCCGAAAGAGCCAAAUUCAUUGUGGAGAAGGCAAAGGAGGAGAAAAAGUCAAUGAUUCUUAAAGCUGAAGGAGAAAGCGAAGCCAUUCGAUUGGUUGGAGAUGCCACACGAAAUAAUAAUGCCUUUUUAGAUUUGCGAAGAAUUGAAGCAGCUCAACAAAUUGCUGAAACCCUUAGUGCUUCACAAAACAGAAUAUUCCUCAAUAGCGAUACUUUAUUAUUGAACUUGAAUUCUAAUUUCAAACCAGUGGAUACUUCCAUUACUGUUGAUACCAACGACAGCCAAACCAAACAAUCUCCAGAGAUAUAA